GCUCGAGAGGAAACCAUGCCAGAAAGUAUAGAAGACGAGAUUGAGAACGGCCAAAGUUCAUAUUCCUGCUUUUCUCCUGGUGAUAUUUCUCCGACUCCACACCCACAUCAGUAUACACGGGCUCAAUGCGGUGAUCUUGAAUAUGAUAGUGCUGAUGACGAAAUACCGAAUUAUGAGAAACUCCUACCUCUCAAUAUUGAGAAUAAUUGGAUAUUAAAAAAACUAACGAAGGUUGAAAAGGGGAUUGCAAGAUAUAAUAUAAUCUUCUUACCAGAAUGCAAUAAAAACGAUCGACUGAGAUCCAUGUUUACUGAUGAUGAAUGGUCAAAACUUGAGGAUUGGUUUUUCAAGAAGGAGGGCAAAAUUGCGAAAACGGUUUUACCGUCAUUCAGUAAAGUCGAACCUAUUCUAAACAGAUAUCGGGAGGCUAUUAUAAACGCAAAUGACGAUGGACAUAUAGAUUUGGAUAAAAUUAAUGUUAUAUAUGACUAUCCGAACGGUUAUACGUUUAAGAAGAAUUGGCUUGAAAGAUGG